AUGGUGUUGGCUCACAUGGCGGGCGGCAGCUAUUUUAAAGUGGCUCACAACCUAUUUUCCUACGAGGAACGACUGAAGACUCACCUCAAUAGUGGAUGUCCAGAAGCGGCAAGGAGCAAAAGCGGAAGCAGCGCGCUUUGGCGAACGGAUUUCCACAAGCAGAUUAUACCAGACGGUUUCUUGGUGGUGGUUAAAAUGGAAUCACUUUACCUGACGGAGCAGGGCGCAACAAGAAGCCAUUUUUGUUCUGCCGACGUCAUCGAUCUAAGACAUAAAUUCGAGGUAAAAAAGGCUAAAGAAACGCGACCACAAUCCGUUUAUGCACGACUACAACAUGGAAAUAAGAAAUCAACCAAAAAAUACUACUUCGAGAAGGUCGAAGAGGCGCUUAAAAAACAAAGAGAAGAAACUUGCAUGUCAGCCAUGAACGAAGACAAUAAAAAAGAAGAA